CUUGUCCCCAAAAUGGCGUCCUCCAUGGCUGGAGACGGCGUGAGUGAGAAACAAAGUGGGAAAAAGUCAAAAAAGACUAAAACAGAAGUAGAUGAAUCAGAACUCCUGACUGUUCCUGAUGGAUGGAAAGAGCCAAUGUUCACCAGAGAGGACAACCCGCGUGGUCUCCUGGAGGAGAGUAGCUUCGCCACACUCUUCCCCAAAUACAGAGAAGCUUACCUGAAAGAGUGCUGGCCUCUUGUCGAGAAAGCUUUAGGAGAUACUCACAUUAAAGCCUCUCUGGACCUGAUAGAAGGCAGCAUGACAGUUUGUACUAUGAAAAAAACCUUUGACCCUUACGCCAUCUUGAGAGCCAGAGAUCUCAUCAAGCUGCUGGCCAGGAGUGUCCCGUUUGAACAGGCUGUGCGGAUAUUACAAGAUGACGUGGCGUGUGACAUAAUCAAAAUCGGGACACUGGUGAGGAAUAGAGAGCGGUUUGUGAAGCGAAGGCAGCGGCUGAUUGGCCCCAAGGGUUCCACUCUAAAAGCAUUAGAGUUGUUAACCAACUGCUAUGUGAUGGUGCAAGGUAACACGGUGUCAGCACUGGGGCCUUUUGGUGGUCUGAAGGAGGUACGCAAAGUGGUGAUGGACACGAUGAAGAACAUCCACCCUAUCUACAACAUCAAGACACUAAUGAUCAAACGGGAGCUGUCCAAAGACCCGGACCUGCGGACACAGAGCUGGGAACGUUUCCUGCCCAAGUUCCGACACAAAAACCUGGCCAAGCGCAAGGAGCCCAAAAAGAAGACAGUGAAGAAGGAGUACACGCCGUUCCCUCCAGCUCAGCCAGAGAGUCAGACUGACAAAGAGCUGGCUACAGGAGAGUUCUUCCUGCGUGAAAGUGUGAAAAGAAGGAAGAAGAUGGAGGAGAUCAAGGUCAAACAAGCAGAGGCAUUGACUAAGAAGCAGGAGCAACGUAACAAAGCUUUCAUCCCUCCUAAAGAAAAGCCUUUAAUGAAGAAGACCGUAAAAGCUCCCACAGAAAACAAGCUGGACAUCGAAGCCAUCAAGGCAAAGGUACAAAAAGCCAAAACCAAGAAACUGGGAGCUCCACCAGUGAACCCGUCUCCUCCAGCCAGCAGCACAGACAAGAAGAAGAAGAAGAACAAAAACAAGGGCUAACCUAGCUGCUGUUUGCUGGACAGAGUAAGGACUUGGUAAAGACGUCAUGUCAGACAUGUUUGUAUGUGCUUGCCUCAAAAAAAGUUCAAAUACAAACUGACAAUUCCUUUUUUUUUUUUUUAUCAAACUACAUUUCUGCUUUGAGGAAUUGUUUAUUCUUGUAUAUUUCUUUCUGUGGAGACCAGGUGUGUUAAAGAGCAAAAGAUUUCCCUCUUGUUGUCGUCAUUUUUGUCCAGAUUAUGUACGGUCAGUAUUUAUAUAUUGAAUAGUGUAUAUUUUUCUCUCUAAUAAUGAUUGAUGUGUGUUCAGGAGGCAGCGAGAUGGAAAAAAAUGUGUAGUUUUUGUAAUUUGCUGUUGAAGGUUUUUAAACCUCUGAUAUUAAAAAUAUCAGGGUUCCCACACGUCCUUGAAGUGCGUGAAAGUUUGUGAACAAUGAGUAAAUAAUAAUAAGCAAGAGAAAACAAAUACUGCGUGAAGCCCGGGAAAUGCAAAUUCCAAGAUCUCUGGCUCACCAAAGAAAAUUUCAAAGACUGGCCAAGAUCCCAAGAACAAUCACUUGGCCAGAUGCCGAGUGCCAACAAAUCAAUAAAACUGGAUGCCAUGGGAACAGCGGCUCUUACAAGUUGCCCUCCCAUCUUUAGCUGUGUCAGCACAUUCAGUCCUUGAAUCCUGGAUAGUCCUUGACAAAGUCCUUGAAUUUGAUGUCAACCAAGGUGUGGGAACCCUGAUAUAUGAUUUGGGACAACAAAAAAUGUCAAUAGCUAAAAACCUAACAUCAUCAUUUUAACGCCAUAUUCAGAUUAACACUGGGGUUCUACUCAUAGCAGAAGACAUCAGGGUAGAAGUAAUGGACUGCAAAUGCAGCGAUGAAGGUGAGGGUGAGGGCAACAGGCCGAACAACAAGAAUAGACACAAAGUUGGAGUCAGGCGCAGCCAGAGCAGGAUCCCAGUCUGGACUCCAGUUGUAGCCUAGAAACACAGAUGAUGGAGGCAGUGGUUUUCAGAGGAGUUUAUACUGUUUCGUCUGUGAUAUAUAGAAAUAAAACUUUCUGUACAGUGACCCACAUUUUAAAGAUGGUAAUUGCCCUCAUUGCCCCACAUCUAUCAUGACCAAAUGUGUGGUUAAUGUACAGCCAUAUCUGUAACGCCGUAUAUCAUUUUUAAUUGGUAAACAAAUUUUUUAAGCAUAUACACAUAAAUCUUAACUUUAAGUUUGGGGAAAUGCAGCAAAUUUGUUUGGGGACCCAAAAAAGAAUUUCUCCCACAACCCAUCUGUGGAUCUUGACCCAGUGUUUCUGAUACAUACAGUAAAUGUUAUUAUUGUAUUGUCACUUACUUUUCGGCGAAUCUCGCUCUUUGUUACCUGCAGAGACAUUAAAAGUGGCAUUUCAUGGUU